AUGAUUGUUGACUCUACACCUGAUAUCACUCACAUUGAUCAGUUAGCUAUUGUAUUACGAUACGUUAAUUUUGAUGGACAACCAGUUGAACGUUUUGUAAAAUUYCAAGAUAUUUAUGGGCAUACGGCUGAGUAUUUAACUGUUACUAUAGUUGAAAUAAUUAAGAACUUUGGUAUAGAUAUUAAAAACUGUGUUGGACAGUCAUAUGACAAUGCCAGUAAUAUGUCUGGAAAGUACUCAGGAUUACAAACRAGAAUAAGAAAACUAGCUCCCUUAGCACUAUUUUUACCUUGUGCGGCACACUCGUUAAACCUGGUCGGUGUUCAUGCAGUWGAAAAUUGUAACGGUGCAGUUGAAUAUUUUAGUAUAAUUCAAUCUAUUUAUAACUUUUUUUCGUCUUCAACUCAUCGUUGGAAAUUUUUAUGUGAACAUCAAAAAUGUAAUGAAACGCUAACUAUUAAAUCGUCUUCACAAACACGGUGGUCCGCAAAUGCUGAUGCANGUUCGACCGCGGCGUACCUUGUUUGUGUCUCGUUAAACUUUUUGCUCGCGUAG